CUCACUAGGAGUAAGUAAGUUGCAGUAAGUAACUGUAAGGGUUGUUCUCAUGAUGCUAUAUCAGAAAUCUGAUAGUUCUGAAGAAAUCAUGAAUAUGAACAUGGAAUAUGAACAGAGGAAGACAUUUCGCAAAGAUCGCUGUAGCAGACAAACUGGCAUGAAUGUGAUUCUGGGAGUCUGCGUGAUUGUUUUCAUGAUGACGUUCGUAAUCUUUUUGCAUCAACAAAGAAAGUUCUCGAUGCUGGAGAGUUGGAUGAACAGUCACAGUUCCAAUCUAACUUCAGUCAAACCUGAUCUUCAGAAAGCAGAAGUGCAAGAAAAGUCCAAAGUUGAGACGUUGAUGACCAAUCUUGCCUCUUCACUGAGUUCAAUCAUGUCCAAACAAGAGGAGAGCCUACAAAAGCUGGAGCGUCAGGAUGCGUCACACACUGAAAUGAAGAAUUUGAUGGUCGGUUUGAGUUCUGCAGUAUCAGCGCUGACAUCCAAACUGAAUGAAGCAGUUGGCAACCAGGACCAGAAACAGACUGAAACUAAAAAAUUACUAGACAGUUUGAGCUCAUCUGUUACUUCUCUACUGUCUGAUCAACAAAACAAGCAGCACAACUUUGAGUCUCUGUCGAGCUCAUUGAGGGAUGUGAAGAGUUCAGUUUCAGAUCUCACAUCUUCUUUCUCAUCUCUUUCUUCUCAACUAUCAGUCACUAUGCAGAAUGUUUCGCAAACUGACGUGAAGAGUUUAAUGAACAGUUUGAGUUCUGCAGUGUCAGCGCUGACGGCACAACUGAAUGAUGCAGUUAAAAAGCAGGACCAGAAACAGAGUGAAACAGAAAGAUCACUGGAAAGUUUGAAGUCGUCUCUACAGACUGAUCAACAAAACAAACAACAUAACUUCGAGUCUCUGUCGAGCUCACUGAGGGACCUGAAGAGUUCAGUUUCAGAUCUAACUUCAUCUGUCGCAUCUCUUUCUUCUCAACUAUCAGUCAUGCUACAGCAGGAUGUGAAAAGCUUGAUGAACAGUUUGAAUUUUACAGUAUCAGCAUUGACAUCUACACUAAAUGAUGCAGUUAAAAAGCAGGACCAGAAACAGACGGAAACAGAAAGAUCUCUGGACACUUUGAAGUCGUCUGUACAGUCUGAUCAACAAAACAAACAACGUGACUUGGAAUCUCUGAAGAGCUCAAUAAGUGACCUGAAGAGUUCAGUGUCAGAUCUCACUUCAUCUGUCGCUUCUCUUUCCUCAAAACAGCAAACCUCUGAGGAAAGAGUCAUGAACGCUCUGAAGGAGAUGAUAACUAAUAUGUGCACCAAAACAACAGACGUCUCUGUGGCCAAAUGUAAACCUGGCUGGAUCUUGUACAAAAGCAGCUGUUUCUUGUUCUCUAGUGAUGAACUCAACUGGACUGAGGCACGAGAUUACUGCAAAGCGCAGGAUGCGUUACUCCUGAAAAUACAAGAGGAUGACAAGGAGUGGGCCUUUCUGAACAAUCAUACCAUACCCACAUCCUACUGGGUGGGUCUAACGGAUCAGACCACUGGCCAGUGGAGAUGGGUGGAUGAUACUCCUUACAUCAUGAAUAAAGAACGCUGGAACCCUGGUCAGCCGGAUGACUGGAAAGCACACGGUCUGGGAGAGGAAGGAGAGGACUGUGCACAGAUAACCUACAGUGGGAAACUGAACGACAACCACUGCUCUGUCAAAAUGAAAUUUAUUUGCAGAGUGCAGUUCUGAAACUCAAAAUGUCUGUGAUAAAGCGUGACAAGGAAGAUUAAAUAUCUUUUAGUUUAGUACUUUGAAGAGUGGUUAGUUGUAUUACACUGUGUAAGACCAUUUAAAACCUCAAAUACAAGUAAUUGUCUGCUUUUAUUUUUUUAUGAUUAUUUUACUUCCUUUUAUGUAAAGCACUUUGAAUUACCAUUGUGUAUGAAAUGUGCUAUAUAAAUAAACUUGCCUUGCCUUA